CUGCGUACUUCGCGCGCCUCGGGGACUUUGCCUCCAGUCUGCCUAGCCCGGCUCUCGGUUCCCGGCUGCCAGCUCCCGGCCCCCGGCUCCUGGAGCCCCUCGCUGCCGGUCUCUCGGCUUGCUGCCUCGGCCGCUGGGUCGGCUGCUGACUUGGGACACCCACAAAGCCAGAAGCAAGCCGGAGCCUGCCAGACCACCUGUGCCAUGGAUUCUAAGGUCAGCAAUGGUUCAGGCCUCCAGGAUGAGCGCAUCACGAACUUGCUGGUGUUUGGCUUCCUCCAAAGUUACUCCGACUCUAAUUUCCACAAAGAGUUGGAGGUCCUGGGCCGGGAACUGCCCGUGCCAGCUCACCUGCAGGAGGAGCAAGACGAUGGGCUGCAGACAGAUGGCAACCGCUGCGGCCACUUCCUGGCGAGUGAGGAGAGAGAUUCUCAGGGUCAAGAGGAAAUCAUUCAGGAUAUCGCCAGGCAGCUCGCCAAAAUAGGGGACGAUAUGGAUCGCAGCAUCCACCCAGGACUGGUGAAUAACCUGGCAACACAGUUCAUGAAUAGGAGACUGUCGGAAGAAGACAGAAGGCAGUGCCUCGCUGCUGCGCUGGAGCGGGUCAUGCAGACUUACCCUACAGACAUGGAAGAUGAGAAGACCAUGCUGAUACUGGCCAUGUUCUUGGCCAAAAAGGUGGCCGAUCACACACCAUCCUUGCUCCGUGAAGUCUUUCGCACGACAGUGAACUUUAUUAACCAGAACCUGUUCACCUACGUGAGGAACUUAGUCAGAAAUGAGAUGGACUGAAUGGACACCUCUGCCGAAGCAAGACUGGUUAAAACUUGAUAUGAUGACAACAAAGCAGCUGCCUCCAGCCGAGAUGGAGCUAUAGCCACUUAAACAAAGUUCUUAGAGAAGAUACUCAUGAGAUAAUAGCUAUUUAUUUCUAUUUUAAAGAUGUUUUAAGCUUGUGAUCCAUUUAGACAUCUUUACAUUAACAUACUUGAAUGGAAAUAUUGCACAUUGUUGAUUGAGUUUCAUACCAUCUUCUAAAUCCACUACACAUUGUGCAUUUAUCUCAUUUCAGUUGUACUGUUCUUCACUUGAAAAUUAAAGAACAGAUUGUAAGACAGAAGGAAAAAAACCACAAUUUUUUUUGUUGUUGUUAAAAAAAAAACAAACCCAACUUUA